AUGCGCGGCUACGUACCCUUGGAUGACCCAAAAGUUAUUCUCAUUGUAUUCCAACUCAAAUUAGCACUCUCACGUAACCUCGGAAUUGCGAAAGAACUCGAUGCUUCUACUCGAGCCCUUGUUUCUCAAAUCAUGUACGGAAACGCUCGCCCAAGCCCUGACCAGCCGAUAGCUCCACCUGCUACGAAAAAAGAGCUUGAAAAGGACCUCAAAACACUCGGUUCAGUAGCAUAUUGUGGUUUGCAAGCUAUGGUAUGUUAUAACAGGGACAAGGCACGUAA